AUGUUCCCCAACAAUCCCAGGGGGAGAAUCUGCUGGGUGCCGGCGCUCAUGGAGGGGAUGUGGAGGAAGGCCAAGAGGGCGAUGGGCAUUGGCAUCUGCGUGCACCUCCUCGCCGUCACUGGCGACCGGGACGACUACACCAGCGAGCGCCGCGCGUCUGACGCCUUCUCGAAGGACUCGGCGGCGCUAGGGCGGCGGCCGCGCACGCGUCCACGCCCAAUACGCCGGUGCAGGCGGAGGCAUCCGGCGCGCCGCACCACCACCCUCUGCGUCUUCCCCAAGUUCACUGCAAGGGGCAUUGGUCUUCCAGCCAUGACAUCAAACACGAAAGUGAUACUUAAUGGUUGUCAGAAAGUUACGUUCGCCAGACCAGACGGCUACUUUGCUUUUCACAACGUGCCUGCUGGGACUCAUUUGAUCGAAGUUUCCUCACUUGGCUACUUCUUCUCACCAGUUCGAGUGGACAUCAGUGCCAGGAAUCCUGGGCAUAUUCAAGCAGCAUUGACUGAGAACAGAAGAGUACUAAAUGAACUGGUUUUGGAACCUCUGAAAGAAGAGCAAUACUAUGAGAUGAGGGAGCCUUUCAACAUUUUGUCACUUUUGAAGAGCCCCAUGGGUAUGAUGGUCGGUUUUAUGGUCGUAAUGGUCUUUGUUAUGCCCAAGAUGAUGGAGAACAUAGUUUGA